AAAGUGGAGAAGCAUAAGCCACAAAGAGAGAUGGGAGUGACAAAGGAGCAAGUUGAAUCUUCAUUGACUUCGAAAUUGAACCCUUCUCAUCUUAUGUCUCUGGUUAUUAUAUAUGAAUUGCUAUUGGCGAACCGUCUGAACAUUGCUUGGCAAUCUCUUUGCAUAAUCUGCAAAUUUCCUUCCAUGAAAAUGAUGCAAUGAUGAUUUGUAACUGGCCUGAAUAUUCUUCAGGGUUCUCAAGAUGUGUUUCUAUUCAGAGCACAUGUUCACUUGAUGCUACUUUCAUGUCAACUAAUUCUUUUACUUUUGUUUUUCGGGAGGUAAUCGAUACAUCCGGAGGGUAAGUUCCCUAUGAACAAAUUUAGAACAUGUUUGGUGAAGCUUGUAAGUGCUUCAGUUUUUUUAUACUAUUCAUGUUUUUUAAGUUUAAAUUUAUCUCUUAAAAACUUACAUUUUUUAACUUUUUUUUUAACCUUAAAAAAACCUUAAAUAGUGAAUUUUGAAAAUUUUAAAAUUUUAAAACUUUUUACUUUUUAUAAAUUUCAUUUUUGCUCAUUUCUUACUUACUUUUUAUUAUUUUUAAAAACAAUUUUUAAAUUUUCUUUCCAAUAAAAAUUUAAACUUAUAACUCAUAAAUAGUACUAAAAAAGUAAAAACUCAAAAAAACUCCACCAAACAAGCCUUUAGUUUGAAUUUUGUUUUGAUCCAGUCGUCUAUUCUUCCAACUGAUUAUUUUCUACAAAGAAUUUUGUAUCUUGAUCAGGUGUGGGGCAGGUUUUGCAAUUGAGAUUGUAUCUGAACAAUUUGAAGGGAAAAGGCUGCUGGAGAGGCAUCGCAUGGUGAAUGGUGCUCCUGAAGAAGGGAUGAAGCAAAUCCAUGCUCUCUCCAUAAAGAAAGCUCUUACCUCUGAGCAGUGGGAACAACAGCAAGAGUCAGAAAAAUCUAAAUCAGAUGCUUAAACAGUCAAAACACUUGAACUUGUGUUAAUGUUUAGAUUUUGAACUUUGAGUAUGGGAAGAAUUACCCUUCUUGGAACUAUAUUAUAGUGCAUGCCAUGUGGAUUGUAUAAGAUGGCUUUAAUAUUGCCAACAAUAUGUUGCUAUAGUCCGCAGCCCAACAAUUUUAAAAUUAUAUACUAGCCAUGAGAACUGAACUCAAAUUAAUUGAAAUCGAAAUA